CCUGCUGCCUCGGCCGCCCCCUCUUUGCCGCGUCAUCAUCCCUUUCCCCACAUUCCCUCCUCGUUCCCUCGUCCUCCCCGCCGAACCUUGCGAUCAACCCUCCCCGACGUCUCCGCAGGAGCCCGAGAUUGCGCAACUGCGUCUGCGAACGUUCGACACAGCCAUCGGUACACGACACACACCACGGAAUGUAUAUAUAAGGUAGAGAGACAGCGAGACAGGUAACCGUAGUCCUUUCGUCCGUAUCCUGCCUACCCUUUCCCUUUGCCUCAACGACCGCCUGUUCAAACCAUUUUGAUCAUGCGUUUCACCUCACUCGCCCCACUCGCCGCCCUCUUGGGCACGGCGACCACCGCCACCGCGCUCGUUCUCCCUUGGAACAACGAGAACGCCAACGCCGCCGAUGAGAUCCCAACCCUGUCGAUCUCUGACUGGCAAAAGGUCCGAUCGAUGGGAUUCGACCAAGUCAGGACCGCCGGCAAGUUGGCUGACGACUUCGUCAAGACGAUCGUCAAUGACCUCGAGGACGUCUCCUCCGAGUGGCGCGGAGAGACCAGGGACCAGGAUGAUCAGUUGACCAUCUGGCAGCUCUUGAACCAGGACAAGGACAGGUACUCCAAGCUCUUAAAGGCCAUCGAGAUUGAAGGUGGCAACGCCAAGAAGAUCCUCGACGACCGGGACGCUAGCAUUACCUUCUUUGCUCCUGAAAACUCUGGUAUCCCUGACCCUCACCACAAGGAUCACGACCACGACCACUUUGCCUCGUUUGACCGCGCGAUCGAGAACCUGCAAUCUAACCCUACCCUCGACAACCUCUUGAGGGUACACGAUUUGCACUCGCAGAGGUUGUUUGAGCGGGACGAGGACCACCACCACCGAGGUCCUCACAAGGGACACGAGGGUGAUGAUGACGAGAAGAAGAAGAGGAUCUUCAAAUUCAUCUUGGGAGAGAUCUUGAAGUACCACGGUUUACCCCAGGCUUUGAGUGCUACCGAGUUGGCCAACAACAAGACCGUCGCCACCGCCCUCUACCCGAAGUUUGGCGCCAACGACGGUCAACCCCUGCGAAUCCACCUCGAGAAAAAGGCCCUUCCUCCUUCGCUCGAGCUCAACUUCUACGCCAAGGUUGUUGCCACCCACUCGGACCGCAAGGCCAUCAACGGUUACUUGCACGAGAUCGACCACCCCUUGUUGCCUCCUCCUAGCGUCUUGACCAGUGCCUUCUUCGUUAGAGAGUUUGACACGUUCACUACUGCUAUUCAGAAGAUCGGAGAAACCAGCGCCGUUGCAUUCGAGUUCUCGCCCAAGGAAUCCAAGGCCGAGCACCACCCCGUCUUCCGUGGAAACCCCGCCAUCACUGCCUUUUUGCCCACCUCGGACGCUUUCAAGAAGUUGCCCGAGAAGCUCCAGUUCUUCCUCUUCUCCCCCUUCGGAGAGAACGUCAUGAGGAAGCUCCUCGGCUACCACAUCAUUGACAAGUAUGUCAUCUUCACCGAGUCGAUCCACAAGGUCGGGACCAAGGGACACAGGGACCCUCACCAGCACCACGGCCACCACGGUGACCAUGACCACGAGAAGAGGUCUUCCUGGUUCGAGGACGAGAUCGAGGCGUUGUUCAUGCAAGGCGACGACUCGACCUUCCACAUCGAGGAAGAGUUCCCGACCAUGCUUCCUAAUGCUAGCGUCAAGGUCACCAUCGACAAGUCCAAGGUCGUCCCCCUUCCCGGCGCCUCGAGGACCACCUUGAAGGUCAAUGGCGUCGAAGCCGAGACCGUCGACGGAGUCGCUCUCAACGGAGCCAUUCACGUGUUGCCUGAGGUUCUCAAGCCUCCUCACGAGCACCACGACGAGGAGGGUAACCUCGUCGAAUCGAGCUGGGAGAACUGGGAGCAAUGGCUCGUCCAGUGGGCCGACACUCAGUAGAGUAUUUAGCUCGAAUCCUCUCUGAUGCUGUAAAGCCUCGUCGUUUGCCUUUCCGAAGCGCUCGAUGAGCAGCGAUACAGACCCGGUUCGAGAGGAGUUAUGGGAAAGGCUCAGUCGCCCUUCUCUUCCUCCUGCCCAGUCGAGAAACCAGUUCCAAAGAGUGUCUUUCUAGCCAAUACAAGUAAAAACGCAAUACAAUGUAGCUCGAAGUAAAUUCGUCAAAGAAAAGAUGUAUCCCCCAUGUUCAGAUUGAAUCGAUUAUCUACAUCGUUCUACCUCUUAUCGACGUUCCAGUAACUUGCCCCGGCGGCACUUAGCUCGAAAUUGAUGUCGUCACGCUUCCUGAUGUCGGACAUGCGCGCCCUGAG